GCCAUUUCAGCAACAGGUUUGCUUCUUAUAGCAAUUGGCACAGGUGGUAUCAAGCCUUGCGUAGCUGCUUUCGGAGGAGAGCAGUUUCAUUUGCCCGAUCAAAAAGACCUACUCAUCCACUUCUUCUCGAUAUUCUACUUCACCAUAAACCUUGGAGGGUUCGUGGGCAUGAUUCUAACUCCCAUAAUGAGGAAGUGGGUUUCGUGCUUUGGAGAUGACACUUGCUACGCGCUGGGCUUUGGCUUUCCGGCAAUGCUCAUGCUUUUGUCGAUAUUACUUUUCGUCAUGGGCAAAAGAUACUACAAACUGAAGAUACCGAAACAAAACGUUCUGGUGGAAUUUAUGUCGUGCGCGACUAAGCUGAGCCAUUGGCUGGACCAUGCGGAAGGGGACUUCAGCCAAAAGUUGAUAAAAGACAUGAAAGUUGUGUGUUCGAUGUUGCUGCUGUACACGCCGUUGCCGAUUUUCUGGUCCUUGUUCGAUCAGCAGGGGUCCAGGUGGACCUUCCAGGCUUCCCACAUGAACGGCAACGUCUUGGGCACCCAGAUAGUGCCGGACCAAAUGCAAGUGAUAAACCCGGGCUUGGUUUUGAUUUUGAUCCCGAUCUUCGACCGAGUGUUUUACCCCUGCUUCGCGAAGUUCCACCUGAUGCAGAACUCGCUGCACAGGAUGGCGAUAGGCGGUAUAAUAGCAGGAUUGGCUUUUUUCUCCGCAGGAAUUUUGGAGUUGGUUUUGGAAACAACCUACACGCAUUUGCCCAAUAAAAAUUACGCUGCCAUAAACGUGAUCAACACGUUACCGUGCGAUCUGAGGAUCACCAAUCCAUUUAACGGCGAGCAAAAGUUGGGAUCGACGAAAAUUUACAAAUUCAACGAUAUUUUGGCGCACAACUCGACUGCGUACACCUUGGUGGUGGAGGCGCCGCUUCAAUGCAGACAUAUUAAAUUUCAACAGCACAAAUUCAGUCUUCAGGUGGUCUGUUUGGAGUUGCAGGUUGAUACAGUUGUCAUAGGUAUCAACUCGCAAAACAAAGUUGUUGGUUACCUAACAGACCCCAUAGAUUUUCAAAAGUCGAUCAGUGGAGCCCCCAGGGUAAGAAUUGCUUACAUUAAAGGAGCCGAUAACUUACACAAUGUCACAGUGUCUCUUAGAGGCACCUCAGGAAUGCAGGAUGUGUAUUAUGUUGAUAGUAAGCCUAAAACACAUUUGGCAACCUCGGCUUACAUGGAACUACCGCAAGGAAUAUACGAAUGCAUAAUUAGUAGCAAAGAAAAUCGUCAUCUGUACGAAAAAAGUUUUCAUUUGGGUUUAGGAGGAGUUUAUUCCUUGAUAAUUAGGGAAAGCGAUACCGGGAUUGAAGUAAAUAAUAUUCCACCAGAAAAUAUACAGGGUGUCAAAACAUUCUCCUGUCAAACAAAUCCCUCAAAUCUUAUACCUAAUCGAAAUUCUUCAUCAUUCAAAUUCGUUAAACUGUUCACACUGUCCUCACCAAACUCAGUGAACAUCCUGUGGCUGAUUCCGCAGUAUUUUUUAAUCUCAGUCGCAGAAAUCAUGUUCGGGAUAGCCGGUUUGGAAUUUUCUUUCACGCAGGCCCCCAAGUGCAUGAAAACGGUAGCCAUAGCUGGAUGGUAUUUGUCUGUUGCUGUGGGCAACUUCUUGGUCAUCAUAAUCACGCAAUUGAACUUGUUCAGGAGUCAGGCUUACGAGUUUUUUCUCUUUGCCGUUCUCAUCGUGGCAGACAUGAUGCUCUUCAUGGAGAUGGCUUCGAACUACAAAUUCGCCCAGUUGGAAAUUGACAGCUCAACUCUGAUUGCAGACGAAAAGGUCCUGCUGAUAGACCACGACUCAGAUUGUGAUUAUCGCAAAGAUUACGGGGAACGCUGAAGUAUUGUUUCUUAAUUAAUUUAUUCAAUAAAAU